CAUAGAUAGAUAGGGGUUUGUUGGCAAGAUUACGGUGUUUCGUAUUUAAUAAUUAAAAUUUUCCCUUUAAUAUUAUUAAUUUCUGUUAUGAGUGUGAGGUUAAUUAUGUUUCUUGGAAUUAUAGAAAUUACUGGAAUAGCAUAGUAGAGAAGGAAAAGCUUUUGGUAUUAUUGGGAAAAUUCCCCCUUUAAUUUGGGUUGUUUUGCGGCUCAAUAAUUUGGAUGAACGACUAGGAGUUCUUGUUUUUGGGUUUUCUGGGUAUUAAAAUUGAUUUGGUGAUUGGUUUUGAAGGCCAAGAGUUCUGUAAAAUUUUUCUGCUAAAACAAAUACUGUCUUCUCCAAUUUAAUUUAUUUUCUGUUACAGUUAUAAGUUCAUAAUGGAUGAUGGAAAAUUAUUAAUGGUGGCUUUCUAUAAUUAUUCUCAGAUUUAAUUAAUUUGCAGAUUUAUUCUUGUUUGAGCUUGUUUUAGAAUAAGCUUGGACAAGCUUGAAUGAAUAUUUAAGGUUUUAGGUGAGCUAUAUUUAAUAGAUAAGAGCAAAAGUGCUCUUCAGUUUUGAAAUUCAGAUGUACGAGAGAAACAAGAGGUCCUUGUCUGUCUUUCUUCGUUCAGCAGUCGGCUUGCAAACGUAAAAAAGAAAACAUGUUGGAUGGGAGCCUCCCCGAUUCUUUCUGCUAAUGCUUGUUUCUGUAUUUUUUUCUUGGAUAGUGCAGAUGCGACAUAUACUAUUUUACAGUCAAAUUUUGUGGGCUAUAGCGAAUGAAAAGUUUUCUGCUUAUGGUUUAUGAUUGACUAAGCUUUCCUAACGAGGGUGUUACAUAAUACAGCAUUUUAAUUUUCUACAAUCUGAAGGUUCUCUUUCUAAUCAAUCUCUCUGUGUUGGAUAAAGUCUUAGCAGCUGUUAUUUUCAUAUAGUUUCAUUCUUAGACUGCUUUGGCAUGUACCUAUUGUAAAUCUGUUUAAUUUCACAUUAUGUUGUUAAAUUUGUGUCUGUUUUCUUAUGUCCUUUUCCCAUUCUUUCAUAUCCAAGUGCUCUCUAUUCUAUGUCAGAGGAGCAUUCUGGGAUCUAAAGAUGACCUGCACCGAGGAAUCAUAAGUCCAUCUCUAAGAGCUGCUUUGAGGAUUUUCAUCUCUUUUCCCCUGAUCUAGUUUCUGAUGAUAAGCUGGACAGGCCUAUUGCUGUAUAUUCUGACAGUAAAAACACUUGUGAUGAUAAUUCAGGUGUAUUGAAGAAUGUUCAGAUGCAGUUGCAAGGAAAUGAUGCAACUGAAUUUAUGUGGCUUGGUCCUCCCUGGACUUGUAGGAAAAAGCGUAAGCAUUACCAAUCCUUUAACAGAAAUGGUGUUGUUGUUUCUGUCCAUGAGUUUGUCUAUGUGUUAGCUGAAGAAGAUAAGAAGCUUGUUGCUUAUUUGGAUGAUAUAUACGAGGACUCCAGAGGCAACAAGAUGGUUGUGGUACGAUGGUUUCACAAAAUUGAUGAAGUUGGUAUUGUUUUGCCUCAUAAUUAUAAUGACAGAGAGAUUUUCUUUUCUCUUUGUCUUCAAACUCUCAGUAUCGAAUGCAUAGAUGGAUUAGCUUCUGUUCUCGGUCCCGAGCAUUAUGAGAAAUUUUCGAGUGAGGUUACGCUACCUCAAGUGCAGCCAUUUAUAUGCCGAUGGCAGUUUGAUAAUGAUGACCUCCAGCCUAUCAACAUCACCCGAAUUAAGGGUUAUUGGGAUCAAGACAUAAUAAAGUACCUGUUCUUUCAGUCUCCUGCAAGAGUUCAGCCCGCUUGUGAUGGUUUGAAGGGGGUAGUAAAUGAUAUUGAUUCAGUCGGAAGUAGGCCAAAGAAGAGGCUUCGUUUAACUAAAGCAGGUGACAUGUACAAGCUGUCUACUCAGAGGAAAGAAGUUGUUGAAUGUGGCCUUAAAGAUGUCAACAUCAGUCCAAAAGAAGGUUCGUCAGGUGUGUGUUUACCUGCGAAAGAUAUACUUGAGCAUUCUCGGUGUUUUACAAUUGGGGCUCAUGUUGAAAUCCUGUCUCAAGAUAGUGGUAUCAGGGGUUAUUGGUUAAGAGCAAUGAUCAUCAAGAAGCACAAGAACAAGGUGAAAGUUCAGUAUCAGGAUAUUAAGGAUGCAGAUGAUGAAGCUAAAAAUCUAGAGGAGUGGCUUUUGACCUCUAAAUUAGCUGCAGCUGAUGCAUUUGGUGCAAGGAUUUCUGGGAGAAGUACACUUCGCCCUUCCCCAAUAUCCAACACAGGCAAAGCAUGGGCAGUUAAUAUUGGAUGUAUUGUGGACGCAUGGUGGCACGAUGGAUGGUGGGAAGGCAUUGUAGUAGAAAAGGAAUCUGAAGAUAAAUUACGUGUCUAUCUGCUAGGAGAAAAACGAGAGAUGAUCUUUGGUCGAGGUGAUUUGCGUCAUUCGCAGGAAUGGUUAGGAGAUGGCUGGAGGAAUUUGAAGGAAAUGCCUGAGCUUGUAUCAGCGUUGAUAGCUGUUAAGGUUAAUCAGGUGAUAGAUGACUCGUGUCAUAAUGAACAGGAGCAAACUUACAUUUUUGAUGGCAAAGAACUCUCUGUUCCUUGUAAAAAUAUUUCAGACAACUCUCUGGUGGAUGGCCAAGAGAACAUGAUAGAAGAACAAACAGUGGCCAGAGAUCUUUCAAAGGAUAAUUUACUUUCUCAGUUGCGGUGGAAGUCAUCUGGCAAAAGACGACAUUGCAGAAGUCCUUUCCAUAAGGUUCAGUCUGGUGUCAGUAAAAGUCAAUAUAGUAGAAAUUUGGUAAUGGGGAGUAGCAAGAAAUUUGUUUUCCCCUCUGUGAAAGUUGAUCAUGACAAUUGCAAAUACAUUAGUGACUCGGUGUUCACUUCAGUAGUUUCCCCAUUAACCAGCUUGGUUAUGUCUAGGUGAUACCCUUUUUUAUUUGGCAGUUCAGUAUUGCUGAAUGGUUGCCUGCUCUUAGUUGUAACCUAGUUAAUUCAAUGUGUAAAUGCUUUAGUGAAAGGUUUAGGGCGAGAGAAGGUCAAAUAGUGUUCCCUGUAUAAAUGUAAGAGCUUUGAUGAGUCGUUUUAAUGCGUGGUGUAACCAGUUAGAUUUACAGCCUGCCAGUUAAGCAUCGCUGGUACAUAGUUCUCUGAUAGAGGAUUAGUUUUACCGUCUGCCUCAUAGUUCUCUGAUAGAGGAUUAGUUUUACCGUCUGCCAGUUAAACCUUGUACUCUCUAAUCAUCUCUUCUGCAAUUAAAAUUAUGAAAUGUUUUUUCUUUUUUGCUAA